AAGUGCACAGCGCUUCUUCAGCGGCUUCCCUGGGAAGGGUGCCUCUGAGCAUGUGCAGGGAGUUCGCGGUGUCCCGCUUCCUCGGUCUUUGGUGUGUUUAUUUCCCUGCAGGGGGCAUGGAGCCGUUUGUCCCGCCGCGUCUCAGCAACCCCGCACCCAUGCAGGACCAUCCCUCCUUCUUAAUUUUCUCGACCCUCCCAUGCAUGCCAGGCAUAGAGAUGACACUCCUACAUAGUUUUCAGAUGUCCUGACUCUUCAUUCGCUACCAGCCAUGGGUUUGAAAGCCAAACUCCAGCCACCAACAGUGGAGGUUCCUGUCAGGGUGGCUGUACGGAUUCGACCUUUACUUCCCAAGGAACGACUGCAUGGGCACCAGACUUGCCUACAAGGUGACCCAGAGACUAAGGAAGUUACUCUUGGGCGCAACCGCCAUUUCCACUUUGACACAGUCUUCACCGAAUCCUCGGACCAGGAGUCUGUGUAUGCUGCUUGCGUACAGCCACUGGUGGAAGCUUUCUUUGAAGGUUUCAAUGUUACUGUGUUUGCCUAUGGCCAGACAGGCUCCGGGAAGACCUACACCAUUGGAGAAGCUAGUGUCUCUUCCAUCAAUGAGGAUGAGCAGGGCAUAAUCCCACGAGCCAUGGCUGAAGCCUUCAAGAUCAUGGAUGAGAAUGACUUGCUGGAUUACACGGUCCGCAUUUCUUAUCUAGAAGUGUAUAAAGAGGAGUUUCGGGACCUGCUGCAGGUGGAGACAGCUAGCAAGGACAUACAGAUCCGGGAAGAUGACAAGGGCAAUAUUGUGCUGCAUGGGGUGAAGGAGACCGAAGUUGAAGGCUUGGAUGAGGUCCUGAGCUUACUGGAAAUGGGCAACAUGGCCAAGCACACUGGGGCCACCCACAUCAACAGAAAGUCAAGCCGCUCGCACUCCAUCUUCACCGUGACCAUGGAGCAGCGCCGCAGUGCCGGGCGUCUUACUCGCCUCACCCUUCAAGAGAAGGUCUUGGUUCCAGCCUCUGGCCAGGUUCUUUCCUCUAAAUUUCACUUCGUGGAUCUGGCAGGCUCUGAGCGGGUGGUGAAGACGGGGAACACUGGGGAGAGGCUCAAGGAGAGCAUCCAGAUCAACAGCAGUCUUCUGGCUCUGGGCAACGUAAUCAGCGCAUUAGGAGACCCCCGCCGGAAAGGCAGUCACAUUCCUUACCGGGAUUCCAAAAUUACCAGGAUCCUGAAAGAUUCUCUUGGUGGGAAUGCCAAGACUGUGAUGAUUGCCUGCCUCAGCCCUUCCUCCUCUGACUUUGACGAAAGCUUGACCACACUGAAUUACGCCAACCGUGCGCAGAAUAUAAAGAACAGGGCAGUAGUGAACUGCUGCAAGGAGACGGAGCACAUGGAGCAGCUGCAGCUGCAGAUAAAGAGCCUGCAGAGGGCGCUAGAGCAGCGGCACCGCUCCGAGACACGCAUCAUCAACCGUUCCGAAGCUCCCAUCAAGCGGCAUUCGCAGGAUAAUGCCACCCGCUUGCAUGCAGAGUGUAGCCGGUACAGAACCUGUACGGACGCCGCAUACCAGCUCUUCAUGGAAUUGCAAGGGGAAGGCAAUCUGACUGUGGACCAGAUCCUGCGGGUGAAGGAUUGGUUGUGUGCUGUGGAGAGUGAGAGGAGCGAGCUGAGCUCAGCCUCUGGCUUAGACAGUGGCAUCGAGAGCACUUCAGUGGAAGAUCAAAACCACAAGGCGGCAAGUUCCAAGCUAACUAAGUCUCAGAAGCAAGAAGACCACAUGGAAGGAUCUGAAGCUGUGAGAGAAGAACACAUGACAAGGCUGGAGAGGCAAGUGGAACGUUUAGAGGAGGAGAAUCGGGAUUUUCUAGCCGCCCUUGAGGAUGCCAUGGAACAGUACAAGCUGCAGAGUGACAAGCUGCAGGAGCAACACGACAUCAUCUGCAAACUACAAACAUACCUGCAGACGGAGAUGCCCACACUUGGUGUUCCUGAAUUGCUGCAGAACGUCUUUUUGGUACAGCUUGACCAAAGGCCUCACACAGCUCCUGUGGAUGCUGCCCAGUCUCACCACCGGCUUAGGCUUGCCCGUGAUAAGCACAGCAAGCUGUGCCAAAGACUCCCUUGUGGCUUGACGAGCAGCUUAGAGGCUAACAAUACGAUACAAACACAGGAGAUUGACAGGACUUCAGAGCAGGCGGCGGAGCCAUCUGUGGAGAAGGGAGACCGUGAACAGAUAAGAUCCCUUUACCGACGCAGAAAUGGGAUCUACAGCUGCAGCCAGGAGGAGGUUUCGGACAAGAGGAGCAGCAGACAAGGGAAUAAGAGCAAUCCAGCACUGAUCCAGGAGGAGCCUCCAGAACCCUCUAGAGAGGACUGCAGGAGACCAGAGCUGAGCAGCCUUGGAGAAGGCUUUUCAGGGAAGGAUUCAGAGUGGCGGCUGCUUCAAGCCCACCAGAAGAUCCGUGAAUUGGCAAUCAACAUCCGCAUGAAGGAAGACCUGAUUGUGGAACUCCUCAAGACAGGGAAGCAUGCACAGACGAUGAACAAGCAGUAUUGUCAGAAAAUCCGCGACUUGGAGCAGGAGGCAGAGCUGGUGCGAGUGGAAUUAAACGACGGCCAGAGGCAGCUUCGGGAGCUGGAGGGCAAGGAGCCCCGAAACCCCGCAGAGAAACGGAAGCUCCAAGAAUACCGUUCCAAAGUGGCAGCAGCUCAGAGCAAGGCAAAGAUCCUGCAAGAGAAGAAGCAAGUGACGGAGAAGCUGGCCUCUCUCUCCGCUCAGAACGAGAAGCGCUUGCAGGAGCUGGAGCGGAACGUGCAGCUGAUGCGGCAGCAACAGGGGCAGCUGCAGAGGCGGCUGCGGGAGGAGGUGGACCAGAAGCGGCGCCUGGAGACAGAGAUGCACAAAGGGCAGCACCGUGUCAAGGAGCUGGAGCUGCAGCAUGAGCAGCACCAGAAGAUCUUGCGCAUCAAGACCGAGGAGAUAGCAGCAUUCCAAAGGAAGCGCAGGAGUGGCAGCAACGACUCCAUGAUCAGUUUAGAACAGCAGCAGAAAAUUGAAGAGCAGAAGAAGUGGCUGGACCUCGAGAUGGAAAAAGUCCUUGAGCAACGCCGUGCCUUGGAUGAGCUGGAAGACGAGCUGACCAAACGGGAAGCCAUAGUGGCCAAAAAGGAAGCUCUCCUUCAGGAGAAGAAUGGCCUUGAAAACAAGAGACUCCGCUCUAGCCAGGCCCUGAAUGAUGACAUCAUGCGGGUGUCCAGCCGCCUGGAGUACCUGGAAAAGGAACUGACACAGAAGAAUGGGCAGCUUUGCCACAGCAGCACGCAUGAUCAACAACAGAUCCGGCAAGAAAUUAACAACUUGCGGCAAGAGAAGGACCAGUUGCUCAAACAAAGGUUGGAGAUAGACAACAAGCUACGCCAGGGCACCUUGCUGUCCCCAGAGGAGGAACGGAUCCUUUUCCAGCUAGAUGAAGCCAUUGAGGCUCUAGAUGCUGCCAUUGAAUACAAAAACGAGUCAAUCACUUGCCGGCAACGUGUUCUGAGGUCCUCAGCCAGUCUCCUAUCCCAAUGCGAGAUGAACCUGAUGGCCAAACUCAGCUACCUCUCAUCCUCCGAGACCCGGGCACUGCUUUGCAAGUAUUUUGAUAAGGUGGUGACUCUGCGAGAGGAUCAGCACAGACAACACAUUGCCUUUUCCGAACUGGAGAUGCAGCUGGAGGAGCAGCUGCAGCUGGUAUUUUGGCUGGAAGUAGCACUGGAGCGCCAGUGCUUGGAGAUGGACCGCCAGCUCACCUUGCAGCAGAAGGAGCAUGAGCAGAACAUUCAGCUUCUGCUCCAGCAGAGCCGGGAGCACAUGGAAGAAGGGCAGGCAAACAGCAGGCUUCAAUACCAAGGAAGGAUCCAGGCAUUGGAAAAAGAAUUGGCGCAUUACAAGUGGGCCAACCACGAGCUGACUCAGAAGCUGAGCGUGAGCGAUUUGGAGGGACAAGGGAAAGGUGUGGAAAGAAUCACUUGUGCAGCUGAGGACAGACCUGGUUCGAUUAGAAAACAUGGUGACUUUAGUGCAAGUAGCAUGUUGGAUCCCAUGCAGAUAGAGCUCUCUGAAAGAACCCACAGAAGCGGGGAUGAACCCCGGGACCUGGUGCAUGCAGCCUUGCCAUCCACCUGGAGGCGGUCUUCAUUAUCCAGUGCCAACACCUUAGUACCGGAAGACUUUUGCCAGAAAGAGACAGACUUAUUAUCCAGAGGUGGCCAGAUCAAGGAAGCAUCUCUGCCACUGAGCGUAGCUCCUCUGCUGAAGUCUCACAUGGAGCUGUACAGGACUGGGCUGUCAUAUCCAGAAAUCAUUGAUGUCAGGAAAAACCCAUUCUAGGUCCCAGCUUCUACCUGCUACUCUUGCUCAAAGCUUGAGGGGUAUUGCCUACACUGCAGAACAUCUAAGGUGUAUUGUUACAAGUCGCUACAAGUAGUAAUUGAUGGCUAUGCUUAAGGUUCAAAUUAGCCUUCUGUCAUACACUAGAGGGUUUUUUUGGAGGGCAGAAAAGCAGUAUGUCAGACUUUUUCCUCUACAACAGUGACCUUUGUAUUUAGCUGCAGUACCUCCCAGAGGGAAGACCACUACCUCUGGCAAAAGACCUGUCUCUGGAGAGAUAGUAAAGUCAGAAAUAUUUGCUGCUGUAGGCCUAGAGAUAUGUAAAUAGUUUAACUAGCCUUUUAUACUGUAGUUUCUAAUAAACUAGAGUAACUUUUAUAAGGGCUUGAAAUACAUUGUUUCCUUCCUGUUCCCAACUUAACCAAAAAUAUUACUAUUUAUACUCUUCCUAGCAGUAUUCAAGUACCAUACAGCUUUGUAGGGUAGACUGAUGCUAAUUAUUUCCAGUUAAUUUAUGAGCUUUAAAACCUAACAAUAAAUAUUAGUUUCCUUCGUUUCAUGGC